CUCAUCAACCUGUCACUUGCAAAAUCCAAAUUGCUAUCUAUACUCAUUCCGGAGCAAGACUCACGCGGCCUUUAUCGAAUGAUUAGCAUUACUUCGCUUCUCAGUCAACCGGGACGCACUACGGUGGCGCGUCACUUCACCUGAUGGCGUCACCAUCGAGCUUCAUUCCUUUGGGAACCCUGGCCAUCACCAGAGAAAAUACAGAGCUCACAGUUGACGAGUGGAAGCUGUUGGAGAAGAGAUUCGGAAGAUGGGGCAUCAUUGCGCCGACGAAACCUGCCAAAGGCGUCAGGGCCCCCAAGCCGUUCGACGACACAGAAGACCUCUUCCUUUUGUCUGCGGCUUUCAAGAACUACAAGAACCUAGUGGCUGAGAAAUGGAUUCGAGUUCACCUGCUCAUUCGCUCGGAGGAUGGAGAACGCGGAACCGCAAGGAUUCAUGCCUUGGCUGACGACGUCGACAAUAAGGCCAUCGACCGAGAUCGCGCUAAGCUCAGAAGAUCACGCAGAGCUCUCAUUUCCCAACUCGACUUCUCUCGAGACGCCUGGUCCGGCCAUCCCACUUCGACCCCGACCACACUUGACCAUGUCUUCAGAGACGAAGAAGACGCUGAUGAUUCGACCUCGUUGCUCCAGAUGUUCAAUACCAUCCCUUCCCCGAACCCGGCGCCCCAUGCUCUCACCAACCCAUUUGAACAAGAUGCCAUCUACAACGUACUCGAAGGCAACCUCCCUGGCCUGAAUGAUACUUCGAAGCUUUAUGACUACCAGCGCCGUUCAGCUGCGGUCAUGAUUCAGCGUGAAAGUGAGCCCGGUCAAUUUCUUGACCCAAGACUUACCAAAGCAACCGACCAGAAUGGUGCGGCCUACUACUACGAUACUAGCUCCAGCGUGCUCGUCAAGGAACCAAGAUUCUACGAUGGUGUCAGAGGCGGCAUCUUGGCCGAGCAGAUGGGCUCUGGCAAGACCCUGAUCUGUCUGGCUGUCAUCUUGGCUACUCGACAUUUAUCUACCCGCACCCCCGAUAUCUACCAAGGAAGCGACGUGCGCGUGAGGCAGAAGAUUGGGUCACUCGCUGAUAUGGCCGCCUCGAAUGCCAACAUCAAGGGAGCUCCUUGGAAGGUCUUUUUCAACGUCUACAAUGCGAGCCAAGAGCUGGAGUACCACAAGUGCAUAGAAGCGAUCCGCCGCAACCCCAGCCGCUACCACGUCCCCGAGAUGGCUCCCAAGCGCCUUCGGCGGCAUGAAACCGCGGUUGGUAACCCGGCAAAGAAAGUCCGACAUACUCAUGCAUCCAUCGUGAUUGUCCCCAACAACCUGGUUCAACAAUGGAUUCAGGAGAUUGAAAAGCACAUCGUCCACCCAGGAAACCCGGCGGGUCUCAAGGUUCUCAAGUUGACUAGUCAGAAGGAGGAAAUUCCCAACUCUCAAGUCCUUGCAGCAUAUGACCUCGUUCUCAUCACACAGUCGCGGCUUGACAGAGUGUGGAGGGAAACUAUGAUGAUGGGAUGCCCGCUGGCAGAAGUCCACUUCAAGCGUUGCAUCGUCGAUGAAGGUCACAAGAUAGGUUACGCCAAGAUAAACAACAAGAGCAAUGUCCUCCUAGCCAUCGACGCACUCAACGUUUCUGCUCGCUGGAUCGUGACCGGUACGCCAGCCACUGGAUUAUUCGGUGUAGACGACCAACACUUCAACGGUACCCAUCCCGGUGACCAGGAUAAUGUCGACAAGGCGGCAGCCCUCGCCGAGGCGGAAAAGGGAGACCUGGAGAAGAUCGGAGCGAUAGCAUCGCUGUAUCUCAAUGCUCGACCUUGGUCCAAUAGCGUCCACGAAACAGGAGAUACGACCGCGGAUUGGGCAGUGUAUGUGAUGCAGCCGAAGCAUAGCGCCCGGUCAACCGGCCGCAUGGGCGUGCUGCGCGCUACAUUAAACUCUCUCAUCGUCAGGCAUCGAUUAUCGGAGCUCAACACCCUGCUUCCAUCAGUCAACGAGAAUGUUGUUGUAUUGGAUGGCUCCUACCAAGACAAGUUGUCGCUCAAUAUCUUCUCGAUGAUGAUCAUCUUCAACGCAGUCCAGUCUCAGAGAGUCGACAUGGAUUACUUCUUCCACGCGCGUCAACGCAAGGCUCUGCUUCAGUUGGUUCACAAUUUGAAGCAAUCCAGUUUCUUUGGUGGCGCCUUCUUCGCUAAGGACGAUAUACUGAAGGCACUCGAAACUGCAGAGACUUUCCUGCAAGAGAAGAAGGUACUAAUCAGUGAGAAAGACGAAGCUCUUCUGAAACAGGCCGUUGAAGUGGCCCAAGUUGCCAUUGACAGCCAACUGAAAGACUUUAGCAACAAGUACAACGAGGUUCCCAUCUUCAUCCGCGACUUCCUCCCCAAUGGCGUCGGCUCUGCCUGGUCCCUCGACGACCGCGACGCCAACCCCACCUGUACCGAUGCUGGUAUGGUACUUACCGCGCAGAAGCUGAUCGCCUCUGCCAUGGGUAAGCCUACGAAGCUGAAUAGUCUUCUCAACGGUCAGCUGGAGUUUGAGGGUCGCAAAGAGCAAGCCGACCAGAUCAUGUCCGGGGCACAGGGCGUCGCGACUGACCAGCGGCCGUCAAAGUCUCGAGGGGUUCUCGCUGGCAAUACGAAACUGGGAGGUGAACGGGUUCCUCGACAUCUCAAGUCGACCGCCUCGAAGCCAGGUGAUCCCGUACCCGAGCUGGAGCAACUUCCAGACGAUCUGAAGGAGGCGAUGCUGGUUUCCACCGUAUCAGCAAAGCUCUCAUACCUCAUCGACGCUGUGGUGGAGCACCAAGACAGGGAGAAGAUGAUCAUCUUCUACGAGAACGAGAAUGUGGCGUGGUAUCUGGCUGGUCUUCUUGAAGUGAUUCACGUUCGCCACCUCAUUUACGCCAGCAAGCUCACCUACGCCCGGAAGAUGGAGUAUGUCGACACUUUCAACCACGACCCCAAGACAAGGGUCAUUCUCAUGGACUUGUCACAGGCCGCCGUUGGUCUCGAUAUGAGGGCUGCCUCGCGAAUCUACUUCAUCAACCCCGUUCUGAACCCCCAAAUCCAAGCGCAGGCUAUCGGCAGAGCCCGGCGCAUCAGCCAGCAGAAACCCGUAACGGUCGAGACCCUCGUCCUGCGGGACAGCAUCGAAGAAGUCAUCAUGGAGCGCAAGAAGACCAUGUCGCAGUUCGAGCACUGGAAGUGCAAGUCCAUCCUGGACGACCAGCCCAUUUACAACUGGAUUCUGAACGCCGGCAUUAUAUCUCUUCCCAAAGACCAGAAGGAUCACUUGGCGCAGGCCAUUCCGCUGAAGCACCCUCGGCCAAUCUUUGGCAGCAAGUUUGCUGGCGCUCAGUCUUCGGAAAAGAAUACUCUGGCGAAUGGCACAGAGACGAAGGCGACGGCGGGCAAGGAUGAGCUGGUAAACGGCACACAUUUGAAUGACCUGAAGCGCUCACGCAGCCCCGAGUCUCAAGGCAAUGGAGACUUGAGAGAGGAACCCGCCAGACCUGCCCGCCGCCUGCGCUUCUCUACAGAGGACGAGGGUGUGAACGAUGAGCGGCCCGCGCCCCGGGUGCGAUUUUCAUAGGACUUUUCUGGACUCCAGGGUGGACUUGGCAUGACGAACGGCGGUUGAAUAUGGGUCUGAACCUCGUGCGGUAGAUCUGGGUGGCUGCUGUCUGCACGGGGGAGGUUUGUUGGAUUACGUUUGUAUAGCGCUCUAGAGAUACCAACUAAGCUGCACAUGGAUGCAGCAGGAAUAAGAAUCGUUUCUCCUACUA